AUGGCAUCACGCUAUGAUGCUUUACAAACUAGGGAGGAUAUGAACAACCCUAUACGACUGCAUGAAGACCAGGAUGUCGCCUCUGUACAACAGUACGAAUACCAGGAUGUCAGCGUGGCAAGCGAGCGCUCCAGCGUUUCUAUACAACAACACGAAUACCAGAACUUCAGCGUAGCGAACGAGAACUUGGUCAAUGCUGCACAACAACACAAAAAUAAAGAUGUCCGAACAACCGUAGUUCCUGCCCGCAAGGCAGAAAUACCUGGAGGGCGACCCGUAACAAUUGUGCGCAGAGUCGGCAAGUGGCCUUGCACUUUACUCGUGCUCAGCAUCCUUGGAACCGCGGCAUUCAUCAUUUACAUUACUUUUCUCUGGUUUACCGCAAGCGGCAACAAGAAUUGGAAAGACAUCGCUCUGUCUGGUUGGAUGACGAGAUCUGUCGCUAUUGCGGCUGUUGUGCUUCGAACAUCAACUACUGUGCAAGCCGGCCUCGCGUCAUCUAUGCUUGCCGCUAUUGCGCUUGAAAGUACUACCGGAGUUGCCCUGCAAGAUCUAGCACCUCUAUCUUUGAUGCGCGCCUCUUCGGCGGCGCCGUACGCUCUAUUAGCAUAUCCGAGGCUCGGUCGCAACGGACCAACUUGGGUUCUUCUUGUGUGGGCUGCCAUCAUAUCGAUCACAACUGUUUUACUUCAGUUUACGUCAACGAUCCUGCUGGCUGAUGUGAAUGCAGGCUAUAUUCCGAGCGAUCUUUCACCUUAUGCGUAUGUCCUUCCAGACCUCCUGUAUAGAGGAAGUCUUGCGGCCAACUGGCAGAGCGCUCCGCGUCCAUGGCCUAUAUUUGCGGAGUAUACAGACAAUAGCUCGGCUGAUGGAUCACUUGGCUACUCGGACACGGGUCUCACGAUGAGAGCACUUUUGCCGUUUAGCGAUACUCAAUCGCGAUCCUUCGUCAAUGCCUAUCAAGGUCCAGCCCCCGUCAUCGAUGCGCGCACGAUUUGCAUAAGACCAAACAUCACAAAUACUUAUGUGCUAGUCAACAAUACCUACAACUACAAAAUUCAUGGCAACAUAUCCGUCCCAAGCGAUCUGCUACCAACCCUCUUAGAUGCGACUACUUUGGCGAGCUUUGAGCCGACCCAUUUCGCCUGUGAGCCAUCAAGAAAUUUCGGAAGGGAUUACAUCCAGAACAAGGUUGCAGGUCAAACUUCUGUCUGGGAUCUUACCGUUUGCGACUUUGGACCGUCAGCUCGUGCGGCGCUUACAGCCAACUUCUGGAAGAACUUUUCUAGCCCAGUCACCCCCUUCCUCCUGAUUAACUACACUGGAUACGUCGAUCAACAAGUCCAGAACAACACAAAAUUUCCGCCCUUAGAACUUGCAAACUUCAAUGAUACAACUCCGGGACUACAUUAUCAUCAUAAAAACGAAUGGCUCGACCUCAAACAAGACGCGGAUGCUUUGGACUGGUCGGAUGGCAACAAUUUUGCGGAUACAAAGCUAAGCUUCAGUCUCUGUCUUCCAACUUUCCACGCCUACAUGUUCAACAUAUCAGCAAGCUCUCAGGCACCUCUAGAAGAACCAAUGUACUUCUACGACCCAGAACGAAGUCAAUUUCGCUAUGAUGAUAUACGAAGGCAAUUAGUUCCUUUGCCGAAGCUUUCCCUAGAAAAACGAAACGUCAUAUCUUUGCACCCACAGUCUUGGCUACUCUUCGACAACAUGACCAACCAAGAAUAUCCUUUUGGGAACAUCGAUACCAUGAUAACCCUCACCGGGUCCAAUCAGAUUUUUACACCUGGGCAAGAGCAUCCAACAGUGCAUUUGAUGGACGACGCUAUAGAUUUGAUACCUGGAGCGGAUCGAAAUAUCGGAGGACUUGGAUUAGAGAUCUUGCAAGAGGGCGGAACGCCGGCCGAAGCGAUGCAAAGCAUGCUGAUGAGUGUGGUACUUGCAGGCUAUCAGUCAUUCGUCUUCACUGAAGUUUCCAAUGGUACACCGAACAGUACAGUCGCUUUGCGUGGUGACUUCAUCACAGCACAAGUACCCGGAGGUAAUGGACGACCUGCAACUAACCCUGCCGGAGCGACACGAUCAUACGUCAUAGUCAUGAUCGCCACAACUAUACACAGCGUCGCAGUAUUCUUGAUCUUCAUGCUAUUCAUCAAAAGCACAAAAAACACCUUGAUUUGGGAAAGUUGGCACACCAUCGCCCAAAGCAUAAGCGCAGUUACCGAGCCUUAUCUCAGCCAAGGGAACCUGGCUACCGACUCCGAUAUCAAGAAGCAAAUGAAGACCGACGGUACUUCUAAUCAAGCUGUUUCAGUCAAAACGAAUGAAAGCGGAGCCAGAGCUGGAGUUGGCGUUGUUAGGCAACGGGUGAAGAGUAGCAGAGUACAAAAGGACUCUCAGAGUGAUCUUUUAAUGGAGGAGCUUAGGCCUGUGAGGUCUGUAAGGGAUGUGCAACGGUGGAACGAUAGAGACACAACCAACAAUUAG